UGCAAUUUUCUCUAGUUUACGAAUCCGUCGAAAUGACGCCUUUUGCAGUAAUUCUGCUCCUCGUGGGCUUCACUUGCGCAAAUAGCGUUUAUGAAAAUACUGCGUAUGGGUACCUGCAAAGAUAUGGCGUCCCAGCAGCGGAAAGGAUUCGGAAAGCUGAAGAAAACGUGGCGACCUCGAGGAUUGUUGGUGGUAGUCUCGCUCCAACCGGACAAUUUAAAUAUCAGGCUGGCCUGCUUAUUUCAAUGGUUGGUUCUAAUGGCACCGGCGUCUGUGGCGCUUCGCUUUUAAGUGCCAACCGACUCGUCACUGCUGCCCACUGCUGGUAUGAUGGUGUCAACCAAGCCCGGCUUUAUGUCGUAGUGCUUGGAACUGUCACUUUAUUCUCUGGUGGCACUAGGAUUGCUACCGGCAAUGUCACUACGCAUCCGAACUGGAUUCCACGAUACCUUCGUAAUGAUAUCGCUGUUAUUUAUCUGCCUCGAAAGGUAACUUUUUCAAGUAACAUUGGCCCUGUUGCUCUGCCUUCUGGGUCAGAGCUUCGUGAAGACUUCAUGGGCUCCAUCGCCAUGGCCUCUGGCUUCGGAAUGACUUCUGACGGUAGUAUGAUACGUUUAAAUCAAUCUCUAAGCUACGUUAAUUUAACCGUGAUAUCGAACGAACUGUGUUCGGUCUACUAUCCAAUACUCGUACAGUCAAGUAACAUAUGCACUGGCAGCUAUCGAGGUUCUGGAGCUUGCCAUGGUGAUUCAGGUGGCCCAUUAGUUACCAUUAGCAACAAAAGACCCGUAUUGAUUGGUGUGGUGUCAUUUGGCUCCGUUCUGGGAUGCGAGAUUAAUUUUCCUUCUGCCUACACUCGUGUCAGCUCAUUCAUCAGUUUCAUCAACCAACAUCUUUGAGAUGUUAAAAUAAACCAGCCAGCCCUCCUAAAGUUAAAACCAACUGUCCCGGUUUGGGGCAACCUGCAUUGUGGUGAAUGAGAAGACUCCCAACUUAAAUACGCGAUCUCGACUUCAGCAUGUCCGUUUAUGAAAAUAUAACACUAAUAUACAAUAAAGUACUUAAAAAU